AUGUCCUGCGAUUUGCCAGAUCGAGAGGAGCAUGCAUUUUCUGAGGUUAUUGCGCAGCCGCACAGCAGCCUUGCGUUUGAGAGUGUGGCCGUCGGGGGAACAUUUGACCGGCUCCAUGUGGGGCACCGCCUGCUGUUGGCAGCUGCAGCACUCGUCUGCACGCAGCAUGUGUAUGUUGGUGUCACAGGGGACAAGUUGCUUGAGAAGAAGAAGCACCACGAGCUUUUGGAACCGUACGAGCAGCGCACAGCUGCGGCCGUAUCCUACUUGAAGUCAGUGCGACCAGGGCUCACUGUACAGACUGGCGCUCUCCUUGACCCCAAGGAGCCCACGGCAGCAGCGACGGUGGAGGGCAUGCAGGCGCUAGUGGUGUCAAAGGAGACUCUCUCCGGGGGCGAGGCCAUAAACCGGUACCGGCUUGAGCACGGUUUCAAGCCCCUGGAGCUCAUUGUGGUGGACCUGGUGGCGGACAGCGCUGCAGUGGAUGGGGGGAAAGUCAGCUCCACUGCCCUGCGCGAGCAGGACGCUACCGCCGUUGCUGCUGCAGCGCGCAAGCCUUCUGGUGGGGACGCGCCGUACGCCCUCAACGGGCACCGGCGCGCCCCUUUCACAGAGCAGGAGUAUUGGUACAUCACCAAGACCCCUGCCUCAAAUCAAGACGCCCCUGCCCGCAAGGGCAGGCCACGCCCUGACUACUUGUGCGGCACACCGCUGCUGCUGUCUCAUGCUGACGGGCUUCGUCAGCUGUUACAUAGCGGCUGCAGCCCCCCCAAGGGACUUCAAUGCCACAGCGGGGGGGCCUAUGCCUCAGCCUUCAGGAAUGGCGGGGCAACGGGCUGA